CCCUUUACUGCCUUUACUGCCUGGCGUUAAAGACCAUAGACGACUUUUCGCUCUCUUUUCUUCACCAUCAAAUGUCUAGACUAAUUUUUCACCGUCAAACUCCUCUUCAGGCCAACGUCACCUUGGCGAAACGAUGGGUUCCAACUUUGAGUCUUUGGGGUGUGGGUAUGGGUACGGCCGCACUGUUGUUUCUAUCUGUAACCCCUCUCGUGAAACGUGAAGUCCUCGUAAAAGUUCCCCUUCUCAAGCACUACUUCGAAGACAAGACGCCGGAUUGCGAUAAACCUUUCUAAUUGGAGAAAUUCGUACUCGUGGAGUGACAUAAAAUUAACUUCCUGCAGCUCCUUGUACUCUAAAUGAAUCAUUUCUGGAUUAGAACAAAUACCAUCUAUUGAUGAAUGAUACAGGAAGC